AUGAUAAUUAAAAGUUGUUUAAUAACAGUGCUAGUUAUUGGAUUAAGCUACGGCUGUGAAAACGCGACGCAAAAAGAGUUAACAGAGGAAGAGAACGAGGCAGCACCAAACUUCCUGAUCUUCUCUCAAAGAUGGCCGAUAUCAGCGUGCCGUGCGUGGCAGGACAGGAAGCGGACCCUGCUGCCUUGCUACCUGUCUAGGGAACCCAACUCCUGGAAGGUACUCUCAAUAUGGACAGCCAAGACCGGGAAGUUCCCAACCAUCGGACCCCUAUUUUGUAAUACCUCGUGGUACUUCAAUCCACAUGAAAUUAAAUCGAUUGCAAAGAAUCUUAGUGAAGACUGGACCAGUGUGGAAGUUAAUGAGUACAAAUACUUCUUCUGGGCCUUCGAGUGGCUGCGGAGCGGCACGUGCGUGGCGCAGGUCUCUGCGGCGCUCGGCUCCCAGCUCGACUACUUCUCCCGAGGACUGACGUGGCUCAGACAGUACUCCAUGACACACAUCCUGGCAGACGCCGGGAUCCUACCGAAUAGUACUAAAGAAUACCUCCUAUGGGACAUACAUCAUGCCAUCAAACAAAAGCUAGGCGUAAACCCCAUCAUCGAAUGCCGACAAGAACAUUUCGAGAACCACUUGUAUGAACUACAUAUUUGCUUCAAUCUGACCCUCGAUUUGGUGGAUUGUGAUGAUAUAUCGUGGCUGAUAUGGAUGACUUUAUAG